AUGGCCCUUAAUUUCGUGACCUUCAAUCAAGAUCACAGCGUCUUAGGUGUUGGCACUACCCAAGGCUUCCGGCUCUACUCCACAGACCCCUUCCACAAGACUUUCGAGAGCAAUGAGGGAGAUGUCAGCCUUAUGGAGAUGCUCUUCUCCACCUCUCUAGUUGCGCUGAUACUGUCGCCACGGCUGCUUCGGAUACAGAAUACGAAAAGGCUUUCAACAAUAUGCGAACUUACCUUCCCGACCAGGGUUCUCGCUGUGCGGCUCAACCGGAAACGACUUGUUGUAGUCCUGGAAGAUGAAAUCUACCUCUACGACAUCAGCAACAUGAAGCUGCUCUACACGAUUGAGACAUCUCCGAAUCCCAACGCUAUAUGCGCGUUGUCACCUUCAUCCGAGCGGAACUAUAUAGUGUACCCCCUACCGCAGAAGACCGCGCCCAACUCCUUCGCUCCGCCUUCACACGCUCCACCAGCAGGCAGCCAUGUCGCCCCGACCACUGGCGAAGUUCUCAUAUUCGACGCUACAAAGACGGAAGCGGUCAAUGUCGUUGAAGCGCAUCAAGCGCCGUUAUCCUGCAUAGCACUGAAUAACGAAGGCACACUCCUGGCGACAGCUUCGGAGAAGGGCACGAUCGUACGAGUCUUCUCUGUUCCAGACGCGCAGAAGCUCUUCCAGUUCCGAAGAGGCUCGAUACCGGCCCGGAUAUUCAGCAUGUCCUUCAACGCUACCUCGACUCUUCUCUGCGUCUCCUCGGGAUCAGAGACUGUGCACAUCUUCCGGCUGAACAGCACUCUCCCUCCGCAGGACGGCUGGCAAACCAACGACCAAGCGACGGAUAGGAAAUCCACAAGUUCACGAGACAGGAGCGCAAGUCCGGGCAGCGAAGCAGCCUCGCCUUCGGAGUUUGGAGACGUCUCUGGCACUACCGACCGCAAGCCGCUUAAGCCAACAUGGCAGAGCAUGAUUCGCCGGACUUCACAAAAUGUCGGGAAGGACUUCGCCGCAUCGAUAGGAGGAUACCUGCCUAGCGCAGUUCAGAAAAUUUGGGAGCCGUCCAGGGACUUCGCGUGGGUGAAGGUGCCGAAGUCGACUACUGGACCAACGUCAGGACCACUUAAGACUGUGGUGGCGAUGAGCAGUAAUGGCCCUCAGGUCAUGGUUGUGACACAUGAGGGGAACUUCUUCGUGUUCAACGUGGAUCUAGAGAAGGGUGGUGAAGGGACGCUGGUGAGGCAGUACUCGUGA